AGUAAAAUAUUAAGCAUGUUGAGUAUAUUUUAAUUAAAAACUAAACACAUUUACAUUCAAUUUAAUAGGGUAGCAGUGAAAUUGUAAGAUGUUAACAUCACGUAAAUUAUAUUCUUCAUAAGUUUGUUACCAAACAAGUUUCUCAGCAAAUUUCCAAGUAUAGUGACCUGACCGGUUAAUUUAUGUACUUAUUUGUACAAAAAAAACAUGUAACGCCUAUGGGUUGUGGUCAUACAGUUAUAGUAUUAAUUUCUUAUAUAGGAACAAAAACUUGUAAAUUUCGUUAAAAGUAUGGUGAAUCUCUGUGACAAGUGAAGUGCUGAAUUGGUUUCUAUAAAUAAAAAGACGAUGAAAAAACAAUUGACCUGUCUUUUUUUAUUGAUGUACUUUAAAGUGUUUGCUCAAGAUGGUGAUAAAUGUACAUUGAGAGGUACGCGCAAAUCGGGCAUUUGUAAAAUAAUUACAGACUGUCCAAGUGCAGUGGAAGAAGCGAAAUCAGGAAUUGAACAAACGUUAUGCGGUUAUGCAGACGAUUUAAUUACGGCUAUUGUAUGUUGCGAAGAAAAGAGAAUCGUAAACAAUUUCAACAAACAACAACAAAAGAGAAUAAGCCAAGAAAAAUGUGAAGAAUAUAAUAGACCGGUUACAGCCGUCGUCGGUGUUUUACCGCUAAUAUCGGAUGCGGUUCCUAUUACAAUAAAAAAUCCAAAAUGUGAUUAUAACGUUAAACCUUUAAUAGUAGGUGGUGAACCAGCCGAACCGGGAGAAUUCCCUUUCAUGGCUCUUGUAGGAUUUAAUACAACGUCUGAACCUUGGAGAUGUGGUGGAACUCUAAUAAGUAAUAGAUUCAUCGUAACUGCCGCUCACUGUACUUUUACUACUGACGCCGGCAAGCCAACAGUAGUUCGUCUCGGUGAACUAGAUUUGUCAUCUGAAAAUGACGGUUCAAAAUAUAAAGAUUAUCCUUUAAAAAGAAUAAUAAUACAUCCAGAUUAUUCACCCCCUUCGAAAUAUAACGAUAUCGCUCUACUCGAAACUCGAGACGAAAUAAAAUUUACGCAAUUUAUUCGACCGGCGUGUUUAAAUCUAAACAGGGGUAUACAAAACGGUAAGGCUAUAGCCACCGGUUGGGGAAGAACCGAUUUCGCCGCCGAUAAUAGCGAUAAACUUAUGAAAGUCACGUUAAACGUUUAUACGAACGAAAAAUGUACGACAACUUUUCCGAGCGAUGAAUCUUUACCGAGGGGAAUAGCGUCUACCAUGGUAUGCGCUGGAGAUCUUAAAGGCGGAAAAGAUACAUGUUAUGGAGAUUCCGGAGGUCCACUUGUAAUUACCAAAACUGGAAAUAUGUGUUAUUUUUAUUUGAUAGGAAUAACAUCGUUUGGAAAAUUGUGCGGAUUUAGUAAUACGCCUGCCAUUUAUACUAGAGUAUCAGAAUAUAUACCGUGGAUUGAGAAUAUAGUUUGGUAGUUAUUUUUGUAUCAAUAUUUUUCUUAAUCAAAUACUGAUAUCGAUGUUUUUACUGCUUUUUCAAACAUUUUUUUGUAGUUUAAACUUUUAUAAAUAAAAUUUAUAUUAUU